AUGUCAAUGAAUAAAGAGAUCAAUGAGCUUAUCCGCGAUCGGAAAGCAUGGAAGCGGGCGACAUCUCAGAGCCUUCCUCAGGGCCAUAUUCCUCACCUUUCCUCCAGCCACGCACCGUGGUCGCUGCUCCGACGCAGCUCCGGCGAUCACGCGCAGACCGCGAAGUUCGCCACUUCCCUCCGAUUCGCAUCACCGCGGCAUGUGAACUCCCCAUUUGGCGUCUUUUUCAGGGAGAGGUGGCGCAAUAGCACGGCCGUCAAAACCCCACCGAAGGAUCCCUUGUUCGAACUCUUCGAAAAGAACAUUCAAAGACGAGGCUACAACGUUGUGAAGGACACUCUCGCCACUAAGCAACGGAAAACGCACCACCACGAUACCGCAUGCGAGGAGCGAAAUCUGCGCAAUGCAGUCAUAUUGUUUGCGCGGCAACUCAUGGUUAGGGAAGCAGAAGAGCGUAGAAGUAUUCUACGGCGCGAACGAGAGCAGAGGUCCGUGCUAAACGACUUCCAUUUUGAAGCUUCUCUUGAGCUUCUUUUGGACGCUGAGUACAUGCGAAGAAAGGCCAUCUUCCAGGCUGCUCUCCGCGAAACUAGGGCCCUCGCAGAAGAGGAAUCCGCAGAAUUUCAGUACAUCACUGGGCUUUGUCACCGUGUAUAUAAACGAUGUGCUCUUCUUUGUACUCGGGAAAGGGCGGCAAGAAAUUUAAUUGCACAUGAGGAGGAACAGGAGCGAGUAGUCAUCGAGAAGAUGCUUUGCCUCUUUAAAAUAUGUAGCGCGGGUCGAAGUCUUGAGUCUUUUAGAAAACGGGAGAAUCAAUUACUUCAGCUUCUUCCAAAACGAUUGAAAUAUUGUUCAGUCUAG